AUGAUGUUGAUGAUGUUGAUGAUGGUGAUGAUGAUGAUGAUGGUGAUGAUGAUGGUGAUGGUGAUGAUGCUCACCAUGGCGAAAGGCAAGAAGUCGCAGGCAGCGGCUGCUCAACCUAAUCCGCCAGUCGCACAAGAGAAGGCUGUGCCUGUACAUGAAGUCCAAGAGAAGACUGCACCUGUGUCAUCUGGCAACCAAACCGUAGCUGACAGCCAACCGGCAGCAGUGAACAAGUCAAAGACGACAGAUCUUCCAAGCAUCAGUGCUGAAGCUCUCAAGUCUGUCAAGGCUCGUUUCACGGCUACUCAAUCUGCAGACGACAAAGUUGUGCAGGAUCUUCUGACGGCAACCAAGAAGAAGAUGCAGGAAAUCUGCAAAGCUGACUGUCCAGUACUCACCAGCUGGCCAACUCGUGGUGUAAUCGAGCCGGAGCAAGUGAAGCAGACAGUGGGAGAUCCUUUGAGCCUUCUGUUAUACCCCAUCGUCGAUGCUAAACCGAUGGGUCAAACAAUCUCCGAGCAAUUGAAGACGGAGAGUGCCAUCCUCGAUUAUCCACUUGGAUCGGAAGUUUCAGAGACGGAACAAUGGAGGUUCCGUAAAGAGCUCGUCAUGCAGAACUCGACAUUGUCUCGAGACAACUCAAGGAUCAAGGUUGUGGAGUCAUACAGCAAAAUCCCCACAGGCGAAUACGAGGAGGUGCUCAAGAAACCAGCUGUGAAGAAGUCAGAGAGGCGUUUCAACGAUCGUUUCAGUCGCGACGUCCAAUCGAUGAUCGACAAGUUCCUGGAGCAAGAAGGAACUGCCAGUCCUCUGCUCUCAAUCUGCACACGCUGA